UGUAUACGACUUGUUAACGCCGCCGCCGUGACAUUCCCGCCGCCGCCGCCGCCAUGUCGCCGCUCGCCCGCUCGCUGCUCGCGCUCAUCGUGCUGCUCGCCGCCGUCGACGCCAUUCCAAGUCCUUCUUGCGCUGGCGUUUUGCUAGGUCCCGGUGCAAGCAGGGGCCCUUACAACACUACUCGUCAAAUCAAGGAAAAUAACCAACCAAGUGGCACGAUAUACAUUCCUGACAAAUGCCGCGAGUCUGGAAAACGUCUACUGAGUCAGAGCGUGGAUGCCUGCAGUAAGGGAGGCAGCGCUCCUUACAUCACCGCUGUGGGCAGUCGGUACUCCCCGGUCAUCAUCACCUGCCCGGAGGAUGCUGGCGGGUGCCCGGUUAUUGAGCUUUUAGUAUUGCAGUUUUGUGCUGACAACAAAGGACCAUAUUAUUAAAUAAAAUGUGGAUAGUU